GACAAAAAUAGACAUUUUGCUUCCAGGAAUUCUUUUUUUUUUUAAUAGAAAAAACUCAGCCUUCAAUAAGUGAUACUAUGAGGUUAGUGGUCCCCUACAUGAAUUUGUCUCUUUAAUAUUCUGAAAAUCUAUGUCCACCACAUAUAUACAUGUAUACCCAAUCCAUAAGGAAGAAACUUAGACUGCAAGAUCCUCUUAGAGUCCAUCUUCUCCUCAUUCUCAUUGGAGUUAGGUCAAAGUGGGGAAUAAGAAAAAUGCCAGGCAUAAUCAAAGUUUCAGUUCUGAACUACAUGGACCUCCCAUCUUCAUCUACAUCUUCACCAUUAUCCCUUAAAGUUUCAGUGGGAAAAAAAGAGUAUCAGACUUGGGAUAAGAAGGAUGACUUCUCUUUCCCUUUGGCAAACCUUCGUGACAAUAUAUUCAUUAUGAUCCAGGAUGCCGAUGGAAAUGAAAUUACACGUACAGUUAUUCAGACAAGGGAGGUGAUUGAAAAGGGUUCUUUGGACGAUUUAUUUGCACUUGAAGGAGGGGGAAAAGUACAUAUGAAAUUGCAAUUUGUUCUCAGUGAAGAAGAGCACAAUCGAAUUCGUCGAAUCAGAGAAUCUGUAGUGAAGAAGAAACAGGGAGACACCAGUCCUACAACUCGCACAACUACACGAGCCACUACAAUUGGUUCACCUCUGCAAAUUGAACGCGACAUCUUAGCUGAAUCAACGAGCCGUCCUCAAAACAAUGAUGGAAACAUUCUGUCUCAACCAAGUGAUCCUCAAACUUAUAUAGCGAAGAAAGAAGUCCAUCAGGAAGAGACCUCUCCAAUUGAUACAGAUAGAAGUACUCUAGAAACCUCAUUAUUAACAGUUUCGAAGUCAAGUGAAACUGAAGAGAAUCGUGGAAAUGCAACAAGAAAUAUUGAUGUUGCCAAUCUGACUCAACCAAGUGAUCCUCAAAUCUAUACUGCAUUCCAUCAGCGAGAGACCUCUCCAAAUGAUACAGAUAGAAGUACUAUAAAAACCUCAUUAUUAGCAGUUUCCAAGUUAAGAACACAAAGGAAUCGUGAAAACGCAACAAGAAACAUUGAUGUUGGCAAUCUGUUUCAACCAAAUGAUCCUCAAACUCAUAUUGCAAAGAAAGAAGAAAUGACUUUCCAUCAGCAAGAGACCUCUCCAAAUGAUACAGAUAAAAGUACACUAGAAACCUCAGUACUAGCAGUUUCCAUGUCAAGUGUAAACGAAAGGAAUCUUGGGAACACAACAAAAUCACCCUUUGCUUCCUUAAAAUCCAUAUCCAAAUCGAGGAGCGAAGGCACAUUAAUCUCCAUCGGAAAGCGUGAAUUUUCGAAAACUCCUAGCAAUGUAAGGAAAAUGAUAAGUGCAUUCGAAAGUAGCCAACCCCAACCUGUUAAGCAGCAGCAUUCUCUUAUUGCCAAGCCAAAGAAGUUCGCAGUGGAUCCUCCCACAGAGGAUCCAAGCCCAAUCCGAGUAACUAAAGAAGCAGAGUCAUCUAGUAAGGAAAAAUCAGACACUGGGCAGAUAGAGACAACAGGAGUAUCAGAAAGUCUGCCAGAAACGAAAAAAGACCAAGAAGUGGUCACUCCCGCAGUUUCAGAAAGUUUGUAUGAAAAAGAACCGUUUGAUUUGAGCGAUAAUCUGAAAGAAGGUGAAGAUUCUUUGGCUAUGGAUAGUGAGAUUCUUUUCCAAGGGAUUUCAGAUGAUGAGGUGAGACCAGAAGCCUUAACACAUCGUGAACAUAACAACAAGACAGAAGCUUCCGAAAGCUUCACUGAUUCCUGGAUAUUUCCGGAUUACAAUAGACACUUGUGUAUAACAACCGCGAGUAAAAAGGUCAUGAAAUGUAGGAUACAACAAAAUCCCAUGAAAAGAAAGAUAGGAAAUUCUAUUGAGACGAAGAAAGACGAACAAAUUCCCAAGAGUUCAGAUAACGAAGGUCGCAAAAGAUCAGUUACGCAGGUUGUGAAAAGAGUUGCGAUAAUGGUAGCUUAUGGAGCUCUAGUAUUCCUCACCCGAGAAAGAAAUCCUUGAUUCGAAAAGAGUUGCGAUAGUUCAUUGAUUCUUAAAAUUUAAUAUUUUUUGGUGAUUUAAGAUGGUUGGAGUGGAAUGGAACUGCCCCAAUGGACAUCAAUCAUCCACAUGAAGGGAAGAUGAUUAUCAAUACUCAGUGGUUACAGAUUUUACCUGUUUUUUGUUUUUGACAUAUUUGACUACAUGUGUAUUUUGAUAUUUUCUAAUAAUCUUUUAUUGUUUUCAUCAAUAAAAUGAGGCUAUCCUUG